GAGGGGUCUGGUCUUACAGUGGGCCGCUGUGGAGGGGUUGUCCUGUCUUGUACUUGAUAAGCUGAACGGAUGUACGGUGUUGGUUCGCCCCGUCAGCAAACAGGACUCCUUCUGUCACCUCUCUGGCUUCCUUCCGCCCACAGCAGCCAAGGUCCUGGAGGUUUCCUCCCACCAGCAGCACGGAUUCCUGUCCAUCACAUACACCCAGGCGGUCACCAGAAACGUCCGCCACAAGUUGACCACGCGGCUGGAACGAGAGGAUCCUCGCGGGGCCCAGCGUCUGACGGAGGGUCUGGCUGACGGGUCUCCCCACUACCUGAGAGAGAUCCUGCUGACCGCCCAACCUUUUGACCUUGUCCUCUCCUGUCCCUUCCUGGCCACCGUAGCCGGGGUGUUCCACGCCUCGCUGCCACGACGAUACCGGGACCUCGGCAAAACGGCGGGCCAGCCGAUGAGAAGUCACGCCCUGACGUCGCGCAGCCUGCCGCUGCUCUAUGUCAACACAUCGGUGAUCAGGGUGUUUUGUCCCUGGAACCCGGACGGACAGGACAGACACACAGAACCCCAGCUGAGGAGAGAGAGAGAGGACACUCUGGUACUGAAGAUAGGAUCUGUCAGCGUUGCCCCCCAGGCAGAUAACCCUCUGACCAGAACCGUGCUGCGCAAGGACAUCUACCAGUGA